AUGUGUAGUGGGUGGAGGAGGGUACCUCUGCCAUAUCAAGAUGCAGCCAACUACAACCCCAUCGUUAGUGAGUGGUGCCUAGGAAGGGGCUUACCUUGUAAGGAGGACCCACAUGAGAAGCAUAAACAUGUUGAUGUUAAGGUGAUGAGCAGUCAUCUUAAAUCAGAGCACAUAAAGAAUAGGGUGGUUUGGGAGUUGGUGGCUCUGGAAACAGUCACGAGAGUCCUGACAAUAGCAGAGUUGAUGACCUACUUUUUAUGGUACAAGCAUGUUAAGAAUCCAGCAGGAGUUCCAUUUUCAGCAAGAGUCAAGAGUCAAGGUAACGAAUUUUAUGAUGGUUCAACCAUGGUAACCAUCUAUCCAUCUGGAGUUAUUAGCAAGUGCCCCACACUUCUGGUUGUUAACACACUUCAAGAUGCUUCUUUUUGCAAGAUUACUCAUAUCAAAGCUUCGAUUACCGUAGUCUCUCCUAGAAUUGUGUGUGGUCCUUGUAGUAAUGUAGCAAAUGAUUCCACUUUUUCUUGGAAGGGGUGUUGCCAGCUUAGACCCCAUCAUUUAUUACAGCGAGUGGCUUCAAAUAAAUGGUUGUGCCGAUCGCAUGAUUCUAAUUCACUUGAUGAUGAGUAUCGUUCUUCUCGAAACAUAGCAAUCAGUUUGUUUAGGCGAUACAGGAAUGUCAUUGAUCGUGGUGGAGGUGACAACUUAAAAGAAUUCAUCAGUGCUGGAGUGAAUGCAUAUGCUGUUGGCUGCACUGAUGAAGGAUUACGCAAGGAACUUGCUGCUAUUAAGGAAUCUGGUAUUGAAAUUGAAGCGCUGCAGAAUUAUGGUGGAAACACCAGUGUGAAGUCCAAGAUAUUUGCUGAGGAGAUUGACGAGUGUAUUCUGUGGUUGAGCAUUAUAUUUAUCACUAUCUUGUGUACACCACAACCAACUAUAGUUCGAUGGUCAUCUACACCUCCAGUGUCAGAUGACAUACGGCUACAGUGGAAAGGAUUUUGUGCGAUCAUAGCAAAUGCUUACUACAUGAGAGGAAUGGCAUGGCUUCCAGUUAAGACUCUUCAGCUAGAGCAAAUGGCAGUUUCAGGGCGUGCUGAGGAGCCAUCAGUUGUUGCCAGUCGAAUGCGACUAGUUUUCAGCACACUUGAGGUAGUAAGUCCACAAUGGCCAAGAGUAUAA